AUGGGCACUGAUGCUGUGAACAUUUCUAAGUCCUAUCUCUCCAGAGGCCCUUGUCCUUCAUCCUUUGCUUUUCUCCCCCAGGUUAUCCUGAAGGAUCUGGAGGUGUUGGCAGAAAUUGCUUCCUCCCCUGCAGGCCAGACGGAUGACCCAGGCCCCCUUGAUGGCCCUGACCUCCGGGUCAGCCACUCAGAACUUCAGGUGCCCACCCCUGGCAGAGCCAACCUGCUGAACACUCCUGGUACCAAAGGCUUAGAAUGUUCUCCUUCCACCCCCACCAUGAACUCCUACUUUUAUAAGUUCAUGAUCAACCUUCUCAAGAGGUUCAGCAGUGAACGCAAGCUCCUGGAGGCCAGAGGCGCUUUCAUCAUCAGGCAACUCUGCCUCCUGCUAAACGCGGAGAACAUCUUCCACUCGAUGGCAGACAUCCUGCUCCAAGAGGAGGACCUCAAGUUCGCCUCCACCAUGGUUCACACCCUCAACACCAUCCUGCUCACCUCCACAGAGCUCUUCCAACUGAGGAACCAGCUCAAGGACCUGAAGACUCUGGAGAGCCAGAACCUCUUCUGCUGCCUGUACCGCUCCUGGUGCCACAACCCCGUCACAACGGUGUCCCUGUGCUUCCUCACCCAGAACUACCGGCACGCCUAUGACCUCAUCCAGAAGUUCGGGGACCUGGAGGUCACGGUGGAUUUCCUCACAGAGGUGGAUAAACUUGUGCAGCUGAUCGAGUGCCCCAUCUUCACAUAUCUGCGCCUGCAGCUCCUGGACGUGAGGAACAACCCGUACCUGAUCAAGGCCCUCUACGGCCUGCUCAUGCUGCUGCCGCAGUGCAGCGCCUUCCAGCUGCUCUCGCACCGGCUGCAGUGCGUGCCCAAGCCCGAGCUGCUCCAGGCCGGAGACAGUCCGCCGGCAGCCCCCAAGUCACAAAAAGCAGAUUCCCCCAGCAUCGACUACGCAGAGCUGCUGCAGCACUUCGAGAAGGUCCAGAAGAAGCACCUGGAAGUGAGGCACCAGCGGAGCGGGCGCGGGGAUCACCUGGACCGGAGGGUUGUCCUCUGACAGGCCUGGCAUGGAGAAGGGCCCAAGGAGUGGCCCCAUGGAGCAUUCAGGGUCUUCAGGCCCCCUCCCUGAGGAGCUCAAAGACCUGCCUCGAGGGCAGGGGCUGGGCCUGGCCACCAGCGCGGGGUGGGGGCACAGAGGCCGUCCACCCAAGCUCUUCUCAUAGCCCAGCCCCCCCCCUGGGCCCCCAGUGCUGUCAGCUGCACCCUGGCCUUCAGACAGAGCUGGCUUCCCACCAGGGUGGGGCCAAAGCCCCAGACACCACCCACUCUCUGGAACCGGUCUCUUUCUGAUACCCUCUUGUCGAAGAGCUUGUGCUCUCGGGCCCACCAGAGCUCCGCUCUGUGCUGACGCGCGUACAUAGGAGUACAUGUACCUGUCUGCGGACAGGGGCCAGCACGGAAGUCCGUGUGAAUGACACGCCCCCUGCCCCAAUAAAGAAAUGACGGAAAACCCUC